AUGCUUAAAGUUUUCAUCAUUUUGAUUACCUUGUUUCAAGAUGCAUUAUUGGGGAACGCAGUUAUUUUUCAAACGCCAGACGUUCUCACUAUCUCUUACAUCAAAAAUAAUCCAAAUUUCUAUGACUAUUGUGACCAACAAUUGGAAGAUGUGGUAGGAAUAGAUGAAUAUCAUUCAUUUACGGCUUGUAAAGGAUUAAGUGAUUUGGCAAAUAAUAAUCUACUCACCAAUUUUUCAAACAUGAACAGCAUAGGUAGAGACUUUGAUAAAUGGGCCAGAAGCAAAGAAUACAGAGAAUACAUCCAUAUUCCCAGUUUUAACGUUAAAUGUGAUGCUAAAGGUUAUCUUGUCUCGGCUAAUCCUCAAGAUCCUGACUAUCGUAAUCAAGAAAAUCUAACUAAAAAUCCAGAAAAAGUUGCCGAUACUGAACGCAAUCCUUAUGGCUAUACAAAAAUCCCUCAAGCACCUUGGGGAACCUGUUGA